AUGGCUACCAACGGUCGUCAGCAAAACUAUGCGCCUGCCAAUGCAGGGUACAAGGGCCAGCAUAUGCUCAACACGUACAACCAGAACGGCCAAGGUCACGGGUCUGCCCAAUACCUCCCUCGAGGUCUGCCUAUGUCUCCCCACGGUGAUGCCGGGUUGCAAGGUCUGACGAACAACAUGGCAGCCCUGAACAUGCACGCCUCGUACGGCUCCUCUGCAACUUCAAAGUCUGCCGGCUCUGGUCUGUCCAACGGCUC